UCUCUCGCAGCAUGAGUCGCUCCGGCCGCAGAGACUCGUUCCGCGAGCCGGUCACAGCCGACGAGGCUAAUGCUAUUGCUAAGCGUACCUUCACCAAGUGGAUCAACUCGCAGGUGGAGAAGCAUGGGCUCAAUGUGGACGAUUUGGCGACGGACUUGGACACAGGAGUGGUCCUUUGUAUUUUGCUGGAGGAGUUGUCGGGCAUGAACGUCGGCCCGUACACCACCAAGGUUAAGAACCAGUUCAUGGGCACCGCCAACCUCAACACAGCCAUGACCUUCCUCAUGGACACCGCCAAGAUUCCGCUCGUCAACAUCGGUGCCGAAGACAUCCAGCACCACAACCUCAAAAUCAUCAUGGGCCUCAUCUGGCAGCUCAUCAUCCGGUUCGAGCUGCAGGGCGAGGACGGCAAGGGCGGCGAGAAGGCCGCCAAGUCGGCCAUGCUCUCGUGGAUCCACGACACGCUCGGCGCCAUGGGUAACGACAUGCGCAUCGACGACUUUAAGCGCUCAUUCAUGGACGGCAAGGCCUUUCUUGCCAUCCUGCACUCGCUCGACCCGAGUCUGCUCACCGAGGAGCAGCUGGCGUGCGACGAUGCCCGGACCAACCUUGAGCUCGCCUUUUCGCUUGCCGAGGAGCACUUUGGCGUCGCACGCAUCCUUGACGUCGAGGACAUGCUCAACGGCGGUGACGAGCGCGCCGUCCUCACCUAUGUCUCACAAAUCUUCAAGGCCCAGCGCGCCAUGUCCGAGGCCAAGAUGAAGGAUCUGGAGGCGCUGCGCGCUGCCCAUGCCGCCGAGCAAGCGUCCAAGGCCGAGCUGGAGACCUCGCUUGGCGACGCCGAGGCCCGCAUCCUCGCUCUCGAGGCCCGCAUCGACGAGCUGGAGAAGGCGUUGGCUGAGUCGGAGGACGACUCGGCCGCCAAGGCUGCCCAGAUUGCCGAUCUUCGCGAGCAGCUGGCUGCCGCCAAGGCUCAGGCCGCCGACGCCGACGCCGGCGCCGCUCAGGCCCUGGCCGACCUCAAGGCCGAGCUCGACGCUCUUGAUGCCAAGGCUGCUGCCAAGGCUGCCGAGGUCGAGAAGCUGCAGCGCGAGCUCGCCGCCGAGCGGAGCAAGGCCGAGACCGCCGAAGACGAGGCUGUACGAGGCCGCCGCCGUGCCAACACGCUCUCUUCAGAGCUCGAGGAAGCCGUCGGCGAGGCCGACGGCGCCAAGGCUGCGCUUUCGGACGCCAAGUCGAAGAUUCGCUCGCUCGGCAGCGCACUUGCCGACGCCGAAGCUAACAACAAGCGCCUCGCUGCCGACCUUGCCCGUGCCCGUGACGACCUCGAGGACGCACAGGCGACGCCGACGCUAGACCUCUCCAAGUACGCGCCGCGCUCCGAGCUCGACGCUGCGCUCCGCGAUCUUGUCGAUGCCCGUAACGAGGGCGAGCUGGCAAAGGCCAAGGCUAGAGCGGCAGAGGCCCGCCUGGCCGAGUCUGAGGACGAGCUGGCCAGCCUCCGCCGUGAGGCCGACAAGGCUAAGCGUGCCGCCAAAGAGGCCAAGUCGGCCGUGCGCGAGACCGAGGACGCGCUGCUCCGUGCCAAGUCCUCGCGUCCGCGGGCCGGCUCGGUCGUCGACGUCUCCAAAGUCCGUGCCAAGGACCGCGAGCUCGCUGCUGCUGCUGCCGCAGCCGCCGACAAGGACGCCGAGAUUGCCCGCCUCCGUAGUAAGCUGGAAGAGGCCCUCGGCGAGCUUGCCCGCGAGCGGAAGACCUCGCAGCGCCGCUCGCGCGCGCUCUCACAGGCGCCCCUCCCGCAGGAUCUUGAUGACGUUUCGGACGAGCUCGACGCUGCUCGCCGUAAGCUCCGCAAGCUCGAGCGCGACAACGCCGAUCUGAUGGCGCGCCUGGCCGAGGCCGAGGCGCUUAUCGACUCUGCGUCCGGCGCCAAUGCUACUCUCAAGGCCAACGCCGAGGCCCAAGUCCGCCAGCUCCGCGACGCGCUGCAGGGCCAGCUCAACGCUGCGCUCCUCACCAAGGACCGCGAGCUGGCGCGAGUGACCGAGGAGCGCGACGACGCCGCCGCCGACCGCGACGCCGCCGCCGCCGCUGCCGCUGCCGCUGCCAAGGAGAACAACCUACUGAGCACACGCGCGGCCGAGCUCGAGGCUGAGCUGGCCAAGGCCAAGGCCGACGCUGCAGACAAGCUCGCGCGGACCAAGCGGAAGCUAGAGGACCAGAUUCGCUCGCUCCGGGAGGGCCAGCGCGGCUCGGUCACGCUCAACAACCACAAUCUCGAGCUCAUCGAGCAGCUCAAGGCCACCAACCGCAAGCUCAAGGAGGAGGCCCAGGCCCGUGAGGGCCGACUCUCGUCGCUGCAGGCCGAGCUCUCGGCAGCGCUCGCCGAGGCUGCCCGUGCCGAGACCAAGGCCGACACGCUCGCGGCCGACGCGUCGCGGAUGAAGGCCCGACUCGGCGACCUCUCGUCCAAGCUCGAGGCGUCGGGCCUCGAGCUCUCCCGCGCGCAGAGCGAGAUGACGCGGACCGUUGCCGAGCUCAAUGCCAAGGACGCUCGGAUCAAGUCGGUCGAGGCCCAGAUGGCGGCUGCUGAGGACCGGGUCACCGACGAGCGCGAAAAGGCACGCCGCGCCGAAACUCGCGCCAUCGAGGCCGAGGCUGAAGUUGACGCGCUCAAGGCGCUGGCCAAGCGCAAGGCUAACGCCAAGUCGGCAUACGACGUCUCGGAGCUCCUCGCCCAGAUCGACGCGCUCAAGAAGGAGAAGAUCACCCUCCGCAAAAAGUGGAAGAAGGCUCGGACCCGCGCAGACGUCGCGUCCAGCGAGGCCGCCUCGGCGUCGACUCGCGCCGCCGAGGCAUCGUCGGCUCUGGCCACCGCACAGGCGGAUCUCCGCUCGGCCAAGGCCACCGCCGAAGACGCGACCCGCAAGGUCGCCUCGCUCGAGCAUGCCCUCACCCGCGCCCACGACGACGCCGACGCCGCCAACGAGAAGCUUGCCCGUCGCGAGGAUGAGCGCACCAUCCUCACCGCCCGCGUCGCCGACCUCGAGCUUGCCGUCGCCCGCAACCGCAACCCGACUGGCGUCGAUCCCGACGAGCUCCUCGCUGCCAAGCGCGCCGCUGACGCCGAGGCCGCCCGCCUCCGCGCCGACGUCGCCCAUCUCAGCUCGCUCCUCGACGACGUCAAGUCGCGCCUUUCGUCGGAGACCCGCCUCCGCGGCGACGCAGAGCGCGGCGCAGGCGAAGCCCAGGACGCAGUCCGCCGCAUGGAGCGCAAGAUUAAGCGCCUCCAAGGCGCCGUCUCGGGCCUCGAGACCGAGCUCGAGGACGAGCGCCGGCUCAGGUUGCGCGCUCGCUGAACGACGUCGAAACUUGCGGUCACCCGCAGCCGCACGGCACGGACCUGACGCCCGGCCACCACUGACCCACGCCGCCCGCCAAACCCAUACACACACACUUGUCCUUUCACCACCA